AUGACUUGGUCAGAGUUAUUUACCUGUAAAAGACAUGCUAGACUAAAAAGGAUCGACACGAGUUUUGAUGUCUUCCUUAGGAUGUCACCUAGUGAUUUCUUCAUGCAGAUAAAAAUCCAGCAAGACUUUAUUCUAGAUUUAUCUAUGGACCGCAACACCGGAGACUCAUCAGACGAUAGCAGAGAUAUCUCCGGGGGGUUCUUCUACCUGGUCCCUUGUCUUCAUCUUGUAGAUAAAUAUCGUCAGGAGAACAACAGGACGGAGGUCACAGAGAUCCUUCUCUUAGGAUUUAAGGUCAAUGGAGGUUUAAGACUUUUCCUGUUCUGUCUGUUCCUUGUGGUUUAUUAUCUGAUAAUAUGUUGGAAUCUCCUGAUCAUCACCCUGGUGUCCAUCAGCAAGAACCUCCACACCCCAAUGUACUUCUUCAUCUCACAACUGUCUAUCAGUGACAUCUUAAUAUCCACAGAUAUUGUCCCCAAUAUGCUCCACAUCCUACGGAAUAAUGGGGGGACCAUGACUUUUAUUGGUUGUAUGACUCAAUAUUAUUUAUUCUGUACCUCAGAAGUAUUUGAAUGUUCUCUCCUCGCUGUGAUGUCUUAUGACAGAUAUGUGGCCAUCUGUAAUCCUCUCCGUUACUCUUCUAUCAUGACAAGUGGACAUUGUGUUAUACUGACCGUCAUCUGUUGGUUCAUUGGAUUUUCUGUUACUUUGAUUUAUACCAUAACAAUAGCAAAGCUAAACUUCUGUGGUCCUAAUGUCAUUGACCAUUUAUUUUGUGACCUUGUUCCCGUACUGGAGCUUUCCUGUUCUGACACCAUCAUUGUCCACUUGGAGAAUUAUGUAAUAGGUAUUCCAGUUAUUCUCUUUCCAACCACCAUCAUUGUAUUGUCUUAUACUUAUAUAGUUUUAGCAAUCCUAAGGAUCUCAUCCAAUAUUGGUAGACAGAAAGCCUUCUCCACCUGUAGCUCCCACCUUAUUGUGGUCUCCAUAUUCUAUGGGACUAUAUUCAGUGUAUAUAUUGUUCCAACAAAAGGCCGAACACUGACCAUGAGUAAAAUCCUCUCCCUGCUAUAUACUGUGUUUACUCCUUUGGUCAACCCUAUUAUAUACAGUCUGAGGAAUAAGGACAUUAAGAAAGCCAUACAAGAAAAACUCCAUAAGAGGGUGACCUAG